AUGUCCAAAAUCAAAAGAGUACGAACGGGCUGCUGGACCUGUAAACAAAGGCUUUCAUUCGAUGUUGAUGAUAGUAGAAAUUCACAGAUUCUGAAGCGCAAUUCAAAAGGUGAGACUGUUCAUGGUUUUAGAGGCCGUCCUAGGUUGAAAGAAAGUCUUGCUAAGAGAGCAUCAAGUGAAGAUUGUGCAAAUGAUAAGCUCCCCGAAAACAAGGUAAUAAAAAGGCAAAAGAAAGAAGAACACUUGGUACAAGGGCAACGGGAGAGCUCUCUUUCACCCAGCUCACCAGAAUCCAUAUUAAGUGCUGAAACAAAGCUUGAUGCAGAGCUUAAGACUAGUUCUAUGUUAUCUAUAGAAGAGCUCACAAAACCUGAUUUUAAGAAAAGAGUUACUUCACCAAAGGAAUUUGUAAUUGAUAAAACUGGUAUUAUGGAUGAGUUUCAAAUAUUUCAGGAUAUAUUUCCAUCAUUUGCUUCUGACAGUCAGUUCCAAUUUCCAACCUCAUUUCUUAGUGACAUGGAGGCUAUCAACUCUAUCAAUUCAAACGAAAAUCCUCCUCUGUCACAUUUUGAAGAGAACAUGAUGCUAAAACAUUUUUUCAAAAAGCUAUUACCAAUACUAGAUGCACACCCAAGCAGCCCAUGGCCACAGCUUGCUCUUAAAUAUUGUGACUUUGAAGUAGCUAAAAGUUGCUUCAUAGCAUUAUCAUGUAUCCAUUUAUACGAGACCAAAGGUGCAACUGAGUUCUAUAAAACUGGAAUGGCACAUAUAAAUAAUACCAUGGAAUAUUUGAUAGAUUACCUAAAGGAUAAAUCCAGUAUUGACUCUGAAGAAGGAAUCAUUGAUAUUGAGAAAAUAAUUAAAAAAUUGAAGAAACAGUCACUUGAAAAACAAAGAUCUAAUUUUUUCGUUAUACUACUACUUAUUCAUGUUCAUUUAUUAUUUAGUGUCCUCGAGUCUGGAAGAUCAGCUUUAGUGAGGACAUUUUUUGAGCUAUUUGGUGGUAUUGUCAAAGAUACAACAUUUAGAUUAUACCUAGAGAAAAUAGAGGAGAGUUCAGCUUUGAUUGUGGGGCUAUCAUGGUUUGACACUAUAACUGCUGUUGUUUCUGCCGAUUGCAGGCUUCCAUUCUGUGAGCCAUCAUGGUAUGGUGAUAAAGAUUCUACAGUAUCAACUUUCCAAGUUAUGGGCUGUCCUGGUGAAAUUUUUAAGGUGCUUUGGCAGUUUUGUGAGAUUAGACAACAGAUCAAAAAAGAUCUUAUAAGUGAUACGUCUCUACAGAAGGCAUUUGAAGAAAUGAAAAAUAAGCUUUAUAGCUACAGGGAUUAUGUGGUGUACGAAGAAGGCCCUGGUAACGAAGAACAGAAUAUUUCAAAAUUAAAGUGCACACAAUGCUGGACACUUGCAACACUUCUUAAUAUUUAUAAACUGAUUAGACCAAAAGAUACAGAGUCUAUAACAGGUAUAGUACUCGAAUUCAUUAGCGUUUAUGAGUCUUUGAAUAAAGAGCUACCAAAUGUAACACAGAUGGUAUGGCCAAUAUUUACUAUUGCUUGCAAUUGUGAAACAGAUUUUCAAAAAUUAAAACUUACCAAAUUUAUCGAUGAUUUGUACGAGAAGACAAACAUGGGAUCAAUUACAUCAAUCAAGUUGAUUGCAGAGGAAUGCUGGAAGACUGGAAAAACAUCCCAACAGAUUUUGUCUAAUAAAGAAUGGUACGGAUCUGGGAUUGACUUUUUGGUUGUAUAA